UAAUGGGCAAAGGAAAGUAGAAGAAGGUGGACUUACAGAACAGCAGGGCACUUUCGUCAUGUCUGAAAAGACCUCUCUACGACGCUUAUAAAAACCUGACCUCACAGAGCAAUCUCACAUUCACGCACGCGCAUCCAUAAUCUUUAAUAUUGUUUCUCUCCAUCUUCACCGUUUCAUACGAAACUCAUUACGAUAUACUUUUUCUCUCUCAAAGCCUCUUUUCAUUUCUCCGACCAGACUGUGAGAGAUGCUCAAGGAAAGACAGGUUUCGCCGGUUUCAAGCACCAGAAACAACAGGGCAUCUCCUUACCCUAUCCGCUCUUCUCGGAGCAAGAAACAAAAGGAAACCGAGUCACCUCCUCUUGCGUCAGAGAGUGUGAGUGAAUGGGAGGAUGUGAGGUGUGUCAUCUGCAUGGAGCCGCCGCACAAUGCUGUCCUCUUGCAAUGCUCUUCCUUCUCCAAAGGAUGUCGUGCUUACAUGUGCGACACCAGCUCCCGCCACUCCAACUGCUUCAAGCAGUACCGCGGAAACAAGAAGACCAGUAGCAAGACUCUCAAGUGUCCGUACUGCAGAGGAGAGGUCCACGGGACGAUGAAGUCUACUUCCGCACGGAGGUUCAUGAACGCGAGACCUAGGUGCUGUACUAUGGACGACUGCGAUUUCUCUGGGACGUAUUCUCAGCUCAAGACUCAUUUGAAAGCUGAGCACCCCGGUUUUAUAACGCCAAUGAUGGACCCGGAGCAACACAUGUGGGAGCAGCUGCAGAGAGAUAGAGAGGCGGAGUACGUUGAAACGCUCAACGCUCUUCAUAGAUGGGAAGCGGAACAGAGAUCAUUGCUGGCUGGCCCUCUCUAUCAGUUCCCUCCACUCCACCACCACCACCACCAUCCCUAUCUCAGCUUUGAUGCUUUCAUCGAUCGUUUUACUGGUGUAAGGGGGCAAGCUAGUGCUGCCAAUUACCCCCAUGGGAACAUGUAUCCCAGUUGAAAUUCUUGAAGAUCCCAAGCGCAUAGUGUAUGAUGAAUUCCAUCAAAGUUUUGAUGUCUCUCUUGAUAUAAUGGUUAGGUUUUUAUAGAGACAACUCAGCUCUGCUUCUAGGCAUAAUCUUCUUUAUAUUGUUUGUAGUCAAGUGUCUGUAGUUUCGCAUAUUCAAUCAAAAGAUUGUGUUCAAAGCAAAAUAUUCACAUUUUUUCA